UAAACAGAUAUUCACAUUACUGCUGUUCCUCCAGGGCUCCACGCCUCCCAUGACGGUGUUCAAAGGGAACAAGCGUCCGUACCAGAAGGACUGCGUGCUCAUCAUCAACCACGACACCGGGGAGUUCAUGCUGGAGAAGCUGAGCAGCAGCAUCCAGGUCAAGAAAACCAGGGCGGAGGGCAGCAGUAAGAUCCAGGCGCGGAUCGAGCAGCAGUCGGUCCGCUCCACCUCUCAGCCCUCCUCUCAGUUUCGAGCCCCCACAAAGCCCGGGGCCAAAGCCUCCCCCUCCCCCUCUAAAGACGACCCGUCCCCGGAGCCUCAGCUCGACGAAAUCAAGAGAGAGCUGCGUGCGGAGGUGGAAGUCAUCGAGCAGAUGAGCAGCAGCUCCUCGGACUCGGCCUCCGGCAGCGGAGAGGAGAGCAGCGACGGAGAGCCGGACGUCGUCCCCCCCCCCAACGGGGGGCAGCCGGGCAACAACCAGCUCAUGAACACACUGCGAAACGACCUUCAACUCAGCGAGUCGGGCAGCGACAGUGAUGACGACUAAACGUCACACACACACACACACACACACACACACACACACACACACACACACACACACACACACACACACACAC